UCACGUGUGUUAACUUUCAGACAGCCAGGACUGAACGAGGCCAACAGGUGAUUUGACUAACCCGUUUCCUCGUUUAAUUCAGCUAUUCAAAUGCACAGUCAGUAUCUCAGGGCAGGAAAAAGGUGAGAGGCAGGGCUCGAAAGACAGCUACACAACCGGGGCACUCAAACCCGACCUCUAAGAGGGUUUGUUCGAGUAACCCACCUCAUGAAGGUGCAGUGUGGAAUGACCGAGGACGUCAGGCAGCGGUGGUGGUAAACGAUCUGAGUUUGAGACUGAGGCUGUACAAGGAGGUGGGGGCUUCUUCUUUAUUUCUUCACCAUCCGUCAUCUUCAGUGAGUGUGAUGACGCUUGUCCCUGCUGACCACUGAAGCCUCGACAUCCUCUGUCUUCUUGGAGGUUCUUUUUUUUCACUCCUCCAUCUGGCUGUCCUGUUGUCAUGAAUCCCUAUGAAGAUGCAGACCUUAACUCUCACCCAUGUGAUGUCACUGCUUCUGGGUCUUUACCAAGUCCACCUCCAUAUUCACCUCCUGACCCUUACAGUAAUUCCCCUAAUCCAUAUCUGUCUGCCACCUUGCCAUCGCCUCCAGUCAUCCAGACAGGACACAGCUACCUGACGGUUUUAAACCAUAAUUCCCCUCCCUAUCAGGCCUCAUCAAGCCAAGAUGGACAUCAAACCCCGGUCCCAUCACCAGACAGCUCCACUUCUUCAUUCCCAGCCUCUGAUCCAGGCUUUAGGUUCAGUCUUCAGUCCAGCCUAGCUCCAGUGACGCCUCGAGCUCAAACUCAGUCUGCUCUUAACCCUUACCAUGCCCCCACCGCAAUCUCACCCUGCCAGGUGUCCGUCAUUGUCCCAUCCCCAGACCUCAGCCUGUCUCCUCUCCAGUCUCAGUGCUCAGAGGACACCAGCCCAGACUUGGAGUGCUCCAUCUGCUUCAGCCAGUUCAACAACAUCUUCCGCUGUCCCAAGAUGCUUCAGUGCCAACACACGUUCUGCCUGGAGUGCCUGGCACGCAUCAAUGUCAAGUCAGCUCAGCCCAGCACCAUCCAGUGCCCGCUGUGCCGCAGUUUCACACCCCUGCCCUCCCUCGGGCUGCCCAGACUGGCCACAGACUCGAAUGUGCUGUCUUAUCUGCCGGCCGCCAUGCAGAGAGUCUAUAGCAUCCGCUUCGUCCGCAGCAAAGGGAAACUGCAGGUCAAAAGGUCGUCUGAAGGUCGUCAGCGCUGGGGUCAGAGGUCGCUGAUGUCUCUGAGGUCAGCGAACCACUCUCUGAACGUGGGGCUUCCCAGCCCACCCGUCGAGGGUCGCGGCGAGGUGGGCGGGGCUUUGUUCAGACUGACGGGUCGGCCAGCGUGCCGAGCCUUCCUCCUGACGUCUGUGGUGAUGAUGAUGUUGCUGCUGACAGGCAUCAUUAUCUUCCUUAUCAUUUUCAAAAAUGGUGGUACCAUUGUGAUUUCAUAGUGGGUUCAGAGACUU